GUUAAUUUACAGUGUUUGAAAUGGCGGCUGUUAAGCGACUUAUCAAUGCUGUAAUUUCUUUAAAUUCAAUUGAAAUAUUUUUAACUUAGAUAAGAACUAGAAACGAGAGACUGAUACGUUAUUUAAACAUGGCCAUUAAUGUCGCCUGGAGCCAAAAAGAAGUCAGCAUUAUUAGCAUAGGUCAGCAACAGUCGUCGUCCAGCUGAUAACCUAACCACCCACACACAUGUGCGUUUCACAAAAACCUUUAGAACUUGCUAGUCUAUUUGUUUACGUAAAUUAGACAGAAAAAAAAACUAAAUAAAUAAAAAUACAAAACAAAAAUGUCGUCUUAUAAAACGGAGGAACAAAAGGCCAAUCCGGUUAAAUUCUUUAUAGCCGGAGGAUUUGGUGGAAUGUGUAAUGUCCUUGUUGGAUAUCCAUUGGAUACGAUUAAGGUGCGCCUGCAGACCAUGCCAGUGCCUGCUCCUGGUCAGCCCGCCAAAUAUAAAGGUGUAAUUGAUUGCAUGGUAAAAACUAUGCGUCACGAAGGAAUCCGUGGUUUCUUUCGUGGCAUAUCCGCUCCUCUGGUGGGUGUUACACCCAUUUAUGCAGUGGACUUUGCCGUUUAUGCGGCAGGCAAAAGGCUUUUCCAAACGGACGAGCAUGUUCGUUUGACUUAUCCGCAAAUAUUUACGGCUGGCGCCAUUGCCGGAGUCUGUUCUGCAUUGGUCACUGUGCCCUCGGAUAGGAUCAAAGUUUUGCUACAAACUCAGCCCGUGACGGGUGGGCAAUUGAUGUAUAAUGGAAUGACAGAUGCAGUUGUAAAAUUGUAUAGAGAGGGUGGCAUGAAGAGCCUUUUUAGGGGCACCUGUGCCUGCAUAUUGCGAGAUUCCCCCACUGGUUUCUACUUUGUAGCCUAUGAGGGCUUGCAAGAUUUCGCCAGACAGAGAUCAAAAACUGGACAAAUUAGUACAACUUCCACAAUACUUGCUGGCGGCAUAGCGGGCAUUGUAUUUUGGACUUUGGCCGUUCCCUUCGAUGUGCUUAAAUCGCGUUUACAGUCGGCACCCGAAGGUACUUAUAAGCAUGGGAUUCGCAGUGUGUUUCGUGAUCUAAUGGCAACUGAGGGUCCUUCGGCGCUUUAUCGAGGAAUUCUACCAGUUUUGAUACGUGCCUUUCCAGCAACAGCGGCAGUUUUCUUUGGCGUUGAAUUUGCCAAUGAUUUGUUGAAUGCUUAGAUCAAUUUAGCUAACUUAACGAUGAGGCUAUGAUUUAUGUAAUAGUAUUAAUUUAGAUAAUUAAAGUUUGUUAUAUCAAUGUUAA